AUGAUAUACGGCCGCGUUUUCGAAACUGCUACCCACAACCUCUACAGAGGAAAGACCUUGUGCGCAGGCUCAUUUAAAGAGACUAACCUGGGGCUGAUCCUGGUAUCACGUCAAGUUCACGCCGAGACCGCCUAUCUUCCUUAUGAGCUCAGCACAUUUAGUGCCAUCGUCUACAGCGCCAACAAGAAAGAAUGGAAGCCCUGUGUGAGGAAGUUUUUGGCUAAGCGUUCCGAAGAACAGAUCAAAGCUAUGUCUUGUCUGACGCUACGCCGUUGGUCCCAUGAAGAACAGGAAUUCGCGAUGGGGACUGGAUUAUACUGGGUCAAGAGGCUGAAGAUCAAGAAAUAUCGAUCUAUCAUCAACGCGGAGACCUCACCUUUGCUUCGUCUCCCCGCCGAGCUCCGCAACAUGAUAUACAACUACGUCUUCAAGGGCGCCUACUACCUCAUCGAGCAAAGGUUCCGGAAAUGCAGAGGCAGUGAUAAAAUGUCACCCUGCGCGAGAUCAACUGCUGUCAACGUUCUAGGAUUGUUCCUUGCCUCCAGUCAGCUUCAUGCAGAGACUGCAUUACUUCCCUACAAACUCAGCUUAUUCGAAUUCGAACUCGACGUAGCUCACGACACAUCUGAAGACGACACAUCUACAUCCAGCGGAUAUGAAGAUGAGGGAGAUGUGCAUUAUACUGUAGCGGAACAAUUCAUGCGUGGUAGAUCCGCAGACCAGAUCAAAGCGAUUGCCAAAAUGAGAAUCAUUACGUUCAAUGUCUUCAUAAUCAUCUCGGAUGAGACAGGUAACGGGGAAGAAUGGGCGAAGAAACUGCUUGGUUAG